AUGAGACAAACCGGAGUUCCUACCCAACCAAAAAAUUUCGACAAGGCAGGUCUGGGAGACGAAGAAUGUAGAAGAGAAGUUCCGUCAAGGCCGCAGAAGAAAUUUACCAUUGUACCUGCGAAGACAAGAGCCAUGUAUGACUUUGUGUAUGGUGUCAGCAACACCUGCGAUUUCAAUCAAGGAAAACAUCCGAAGAAGAAGCUGCGUCGUCAACUGCAAUAUGACCGUGAAAUGAAACAAAAAGCUUGCAUUCUAAUGAAGCAUCAACACCUUGCUGAACCAGUAAAUGCAAUCAGCUCCGAAACCCAAGCACUUUUAUAUACCAACGAUGCGGUUAGCGAGAAGCCAUCGACUAAGUCAGAGGCUCUGCUCCAAAAGAUGAACAUUAGAAACAUGAACAAUGACGAAGAUGAUGGAAUUGGCGCCGAAGUGUUGAAAUCUAUUCCUUCUUCUGGGACUCAUGAACUGACGAAGAUUAUCUGUUCAGUAUAG